UGGCGAGCCCGGGUCCUAAGGCAGGAUGCGAUAGGUCAGGUUUCAUGUGAGCGCAGUCUCCUUCAGCUCGUCCUCCAACCGGUCAAGCCUGCCUCGCCCGUACGGAUCGAGGAACAUCUGUCCUAAAGUCACUUUAGUUCACGUCGAGACCUCUCUACGACCGCAAAAAUGGCUGUGCCUCCCUCAUAUGUUGAUCUGGGCAAGUCUGCCAAGGACAUCUUUAACAAGGGCUAUGGAUUUGGCCUGGUGAAGCUUGAUGUCAAGACAAAAUCAGCCAGUGGAGUGGAAUUCAAAACAUCUGGAUCCUCCAACACUGACACGAGCAAAGUUGUUGGCAGCCUUGAAACCAAAUACAAAAGGGCAGAGUAUGGCUUGACGUUCACUGAGAAGUGGAACACCGACAACACCCUUGGAACAGAAAUCACCAUUGAAGAUCAGAUUGCCAAGGGACUGAAGUUGACUUUUGAUACCACCUUCUCGCCAAACACUGGCAAGAAGAGUGGCAAGGUCAAGACUGCCUACAAACGGGAGUACGUCAACUUGGGCUGCGAUGUGGACUUCGACUUUGCGGGCCCUACUAUCCAUGGAGCGGCUGUCGUUGGCUACGAGGGCUGGCUCGCUGGCUAUCAGAUGACCUUUGACACCGCCAAGUCCAAGAUGACACAGAAUAACUUUGCCAUCGGCUACAAGACGGGAGACUUCCAACUGCACACAAAUGUCAACGACGGAGCAGAGUUUGGAGGCUCCAUCUACCAGAAGGUGAGCGACAAGCUGGAGACUGCUGUCAACCUGGCGUGGACCGCAGGCAGCAACAGCACACGCUUUGGCAUUGCCGCCAAGUACCAGCUGGACAAUGAUGCCUCUGUCAGCGCUAAAGUGAACAACAACAGCCUUGUUGGCGUUGGCUACACUCAGACCCUUAGACCAGGCGUGAAGCUCACCUUGGCUGGUCUGGUCGACGGCAAGAACAUCAACGCCGGAGGCCACAAGCUGGGUCUGGGCCUGGAACUAGAAGCCUAAACUUCUCCUCUCAUACCAAGAAACUCCGGAAUAUCAGAAGGAUUUUGGCCUUACGCAUUUUCCAACCAGCAAAAGGGGGGGACAUCAUGGAAGAGCUCGGGUUCACAAAGGCUACAACAAACUCUUAUCUUGAUGAGUGAGCACCACUGUCACGCUGGUGCUCUUCUUUGUUGCUUUCUAGUUGCAAGAGUGAGGUGGUAUAUUAUUUAUAUAACUGUAACAUCGUGGUUCCUAUCCAGCACUGCCAUGCAUCAAUACAGUCCCAGUUGUAUGUGUCGCUGUGCCAGUUUGGCGUACUGUGACCUUACCACCAGACACUCCUUAUUUGUAUUGUGAGUGCUGCCAUCCCUGCUAUUAUUUCUUUCUAAAACACCACGUCUGAUAUUCCUCAGUUUUAAAAUACACUAGGCUUUCUUCUGUUGCUAUUUAAAUAAAACUGCAAGCCUCUUUCACGCACACAUAAAGGCGUCCGAUCAGCCAUCAGAAACCAGUCCCCUCGACCGACCACACAAACAACACUGGGAGGUUCAGAGUGAUUGUAAGUGAUGCCAAACUUAGCAAAUUUGAUGGGAGUUAACUGUAAGUCUCCUCUCACUACAAGAAGGACAUGGAGUUCCUUUUGUGUAUGUUACCUUUUCAAUAAAGUCUCCAACCUUCAAGUGAC